AUGGUUUCUAUGAAGCUUGCCACCCUUUUGCUCAUCCCAAGCGCCCUUGCUGGGAUGGUUAAGAGACAGGAGCCAAAUCCAAAUGUCGUAGUCUUUGAAGAACCUGGGUGCGGUGGCCAGCCACAGCCUAUUGCCCUGAACACCUGCAUUGAGCGUUUCACUGACGAACGCGAUAUCCAAGCUAUCGGAAUCCGUCCCGGAUUUUACUGUACAGCUUAUCGGGGCCCGCAAUGCCAGACGCCGUAUCGUAAUUACGGUCCUGGAUGUAAUACUCUGGAUGGGGGAGCAUCAGCAAUUCAGUGUUUCCAAAGAUCCUAA